CAAUCCAUGAUCUCGAAAAUAGCAGGCUCAAAGUUUAGUUACUUGGAUACUAGCGCUAGUGGCGAGAACUGGCGAAGAGUACCUUCAAAAACAUGUUUUAUCCACGGAGUAAUGUUAUCUGAAGCAGAUCUUAUUGGUGAAUUGGAGACCAC